CAGAGCCGGCACACGUGGAUCAUUCUCCACCCCAGAGAGAAAAAAUUUCAAGUCUUUGGAAAUUUUGCAUUUUCUUCCUUCAUUGUUCUAUCUGCUGUUUUGUAGAGCCUCCUUUCAAACCACGAUAACUGAGUUGCUGUAGCACUGGUGGAUGCCCAUAGUGACCCAGGGGAGGCUAUCACACUGGUGCUGGUAUCCUGUUAUUGGUGGUAUCCAUGGUUGAGGCUGUGGGAGGUAGGAGCAGUAUUACACCCACAGGUGGUCACACCAUCAGCCACCCCUCAACACACAGCCAUGUUGCAGUAAUCAGUGAGACCUGUAAAACACACCCGGUUAGAAAGAGACAGAGAAUGGCUGUCCAGUCCACAGAGGUUGUCGUUGUGGGAAAUGGCCCCUCUGCAAUCUGCUUGUCCUACAUGCUAACAGGCUAUCGUCCAUACUACAAUGGUCUACCUCACCCUAAUGAAUUCCUCUUGGCCAAGUUGGUGAAGAACAAGGAAAUCUCGGUCGUAGAACAGGACCUGAGUGAGCUUAGUGAAGGUCUGGAGGGGCGCUCCUCCAAUCCAGUGGCCUUACUGUUUGAUGCCUUAACCCACCCUGAUGCUGACCUUGGUGCAGAAAUGCCCUCCUGUCUCACCUGGCAGAAGGAAGACAUCCAUUUCACACCCCACGUGGUUCUGGGAAAGUCGCCACCUGGAGGUGCCUGGCAGCAAAUGGAUGGUGAUAUGCACACUCUUAGCCUCAGUAACUGGAUGGAACUCCCAUCCAUGCCUUUCAAGGAGUGGUUGGCCUGCAGAAAAAGGAAUAAGAGUGCCAGUGGGUCCAGCAGCAUGAGAAACGAACGAGCAUCCAUCGCUGAUGUUAGGAACUAUUAUUGUGACUUUGUGGCAGAUAAAGGGUUGUCUGGGAACUUUUCAAACUACUCAACUGUUACGUCCGUCAGGAAAGUGUACCAGCUACGUAACAAUGUUGAUGAGGAGAGUGGCGAGGUGGAGCCGUGCUGCUCCAAUGUGAAGCAGAACCACAGCUACCACUGGGAGGUUCGUGGUUACAGGAGCCUGUACAACGAUGACAAGGCAGAACCUGUGCGAGAGGAGUUCUGCUAUCAUGCCUCCUAUGUUGUCUUGGCAACAGGGACAUUUGACAUUCCAAACAGGCUGGGAAGUCCCGGGGAACAUCUGCCGUUCGUGUACCAUACGCUGAGUGGGUUUGAACAAGCCAUCAAGGAGAAAAAACUGGGCAGCAACUCUGACCCAGUUGUCGUUAUCGGAGCUGGACUGACUGCUGCAGAUGCUGUCAUCAUGGCACGGCGUAACAACAUACCAGUGGAGCAUGUGUUCCGCCGGAGCGCGACUGACACAAACCUGGUUUUCAAGAAGCUGCCGCCCAUGAUGUACCCUGAGUACCAUAAGAUCCACAGCAUGAUGAAAGGUCAUGACCAGUCCUAUGACCUCUACAGACAACAUGCCAGGCACAAGGUCGUGGAGUUCAAAGAGGACCAAAAGGUCAUCGUGGAGGGCGACGGCAGGGAGCAUGUCAUCCACUGCUCAGCAGUCGUUAUUCUCAUUGGCAGCCGUCCAGACCUUUCUUUUAUGCCGGUCGAAGGCCGAAACCUCGGCAUUGUUCGCAAAUGUGCAAUAGACUGUCGCCACAACCCGAUAGAAAUUGACCCCUAUUCAUAUCAGUGUCUGCAGGAACCGGGACUCUUUGCCAUUGGCCCUCUUAUUGGUGACAACUUUGUACGGUUUAUUCGUGGUGGGUCCCUGGGGGUGACAAAUUACUUGUGGCGCAGGAGAGUGGCAGACAAGUUUUAACUGCCAUGUACACUCCACGGAGAUGUGUUAAGCUCAAUAUUGUAACUGUGAUGCAGAGGCUAGGAGGAUGAAUUCAUCAGGGUGGAUACGGGCCAAACUUCAUUUCACAGAAGAUAUGCAGCGUCUUGAGUGGUGUUGAAAAUGUUUGCUUUGCUCAUUUGUAUAUUUACUAUUAUGUGUACUUGUACAUAUACUGGACAGUCACCUGUAACUGCCAGUAUGUAAAAGAAUUCCACCAUGUUUCUAUAUAUUUGCGUAAAGUAUUUACAAAACAAAGAAAGAAAACGAGGUACUAUUUUUCCAUUUGUGGUGAUGUAUGGACUUUUACAGCUACCUUUUUAUACACCUGUAUCGUAUACAUGUAGUUACAAUUAAAUAAGCUUUAAAUGAUUUCAGUUUAUAUAGAAAUGUUUAACACACAUUUUUAAAAAUGAGCUCAAGAGAAAUGCUUGUACCUUACCAAAACACAGGACAGACCAGAGUCAAAUAUGUCCAGGCGUACCGUUAGCGCAGUAGCAAACAACAGGUUUGAGAAAAGGCGUUUGUCUGUAGUAAACCAGUAAUCUGUCAGAGUUGUGUCUGGGGCAAGCCAGUAAUCUGCCAAAGAUGUAUCUGUGGUGAGCCAGUAAUCUGUCAGGGGUUUGUCUGAGAUAAGCCAGUAAUCUGCCAGAGAUUUGUCUGUGGUUAUCCAGUAAUCUGCCAGAGGUGUGUCUGGUAAGCCAGUAAUCUGCCAGAGGUUUGUCUGUGGCAAGCCAGUAAUCUGCCAGAGGUUUGUCUGUGGCAAGCCAGUCAUCUGCCAGAGGUGUGUCUGUGGUAAGCCAGUAAUCUGCCAGAGGUUUGUCUGUGGCAAGCCAGUCAUCUGCCAGAGGUGUGUCUGUGGUAAGCCAGUAAUCUG